AUGGCGACUCAAGCGUUGAAGAAAACAUGCAGUGUUUUCAUGGUUGUAGCUAUAUUGACGAUGAUGUUUUCGGCACAAAUUGCUCAUUCAAACAACGUAGGAAUGUGUGUGAAACAUUGCCUCCCUCAGUGUAUGAAAUCGGCAAAUAAACAUACUCCUUCAACAUGUGAAGAAAUUUGCAAAAAGAACUGCAACAAACAAGUCAUGGGUAAGGAAGAAAGUUUUAUUCCUCGCACUGAUGAAAACAGUGGUAUUAUUGGCAAAAUCGGCGACGUUGCCGACAAGGCCUGUGACGCAUUGUUUAACAACGGAUGCAACUGGAAGUGGUGA